AUGGCUGCCCUUCAGGCUCGCUCUCUUGGUCUGGGCCUUCGUGCCAGCGCGCCCUCGCGCAAGUCCGUGCUGUGCCGCGCUGAGAACAAGGCCCAGGUGAUCCAGCCCCUCAACGGCGACCCCUUCGUCAGCAUGCUGGAGACCCCCGUGACCUCGUCGCCCCUGGUGGUGUCGUACCUGUCCAGCCUGCCCGCCUACCGCACCGGUGUCUCGCCGCUGCUGCGCGGCGUUGAGAUCGGCCUGGCCCACGGCUUCUUCCUGCCCGGCCCCUUCAUCAAGGUCAAAGGGGGGGGGGACCGCGCUCGCUCGCCAUGGGGCAAAAGAGCCAAGGCUGCAGGGCGCACUAAGGGGGGCUGCCCUCGCAGCAACAGGCGCGAGUGGGCGCGGAUGGGGACUGCAGAGCGAGCGCAGGGGGAGGCGGGGUUUUGA